UCAUUUCAUUUAUUUCAUAUCCAUGGAUCAUUAUACAUGAUAUAAGACAUGUCAUUCUUGUGUAGUUAUGGUAUAAUAAGUUUCAUAAUGUUACUAUUGGGGGGGGCUGCAUGUGAAGCAUGCAGUGCAACGUGGAAUUUGGGUACCAACUCAGCAUUUGCUCUGGGACCAAGGAAAACCACGGAAAACCUUGAUCGAAUUGGCCGGUCACAAGACCUCCCAGAUACACUGGUUUCUAGCAGCACCAGUCCCACCGCCUCGGCUCCAUAUCCCAUAGUCCCUGCUGUGUUUUCUCCAGGACAUGGCGUCCUGUUUCCUGCAAGAAGAGAGUUACGCAGUAUACACUCCUAGUGUGUGUUAAGCUAAGCUCAAUUGUUCUUACUUUCAAAUUAUUAUAUGAUCCUAAUGUGAACUAAGUCUUGUCCACAUAGGAGAGGAACUCAUCUAUGCUAUAAAAGCAAUGUUUUAAUAGAAAUGUUUUCAAAGUAAUUUUAAAUUUACAUAAUGCUGGUAUCUCUCAGAACAGUCGUGCUGAAACAAAGUGUGCCUGUGGGAAGGAGUUCUGAUAGCGCCAUUGGUCAUCAUUAUCAUUAUGAUCAGCACGAGAUAAUUCUACAAUUAAGCACUAAAGGACAGUGGAAGGACUAAUACAAGAUUCCCAUGCACACUGUUCCUUUACUUGAUGCUGACAUGAACAAACCGAACAUUCCUCCAAAUGCAGGCCCAGAGGUUAUUGACUUGGAACCAACUGCUUCAGUGAUAGAUGAUGGCUUAUCGCCACCAAACAGGCCUGGAAUUAUGCCUGGUAGCAGACAAGUUGUCUGUCUUACACCAUCAUGUAGGGUCAUCAUGAUGAUAUGCAUAGCAUUAGUCGCUGCCAAUCUUAGCCAACUUAAGUAUGUUUUGGAGAGUGGAGAUGAUAUCCUUUUUUAUUACGUUGGUCUCAUCUCGAUAAGCCUCAGCAUAAUUCUCGAGGCUGCUGUUUUCCUUGGGAUGAUUUUCCGUGACCUUUACAAUGAAGAAAGAGAAGUUUGGAAACCUUCCAGCCUCAAUGCCUGCAUAAUAACUGGGAUAACCCUUAUUUUUUUCUUUAAUUUUGUUACCAUAAAAUUUUUGAUUGAGUUGGACAAAAUCAAUAUGGAAAUGUCACAAUGAACUAUACAUAAUCAGAGAAUGGAGGAGAACGUAGUUAUAAAUAUAUUACAUGCUUGAAUCUCAUAAUUUUAUAUAUGGUUGGUCUGAAUCUUUGUAAUAAUUUUGAAUGUGAUUGAUCUAUAUAUUUGUAAUAUAUUUCACUUUUCAUAUGGUGCUAAUGUAUAAAUGCAUUCAUGGCAAGAUACUUAAAUGUCAGUUUGAACCUUCGACCAAGAAGCCAUGGCUGAACUGUCUAAUGCAGGCAGCUUCAAUUAGAAGGGUGAACACUUCUCCUUACUGUAAUCUGUGAACAUUUCUUGAUGGUCAUAUGAUGUUUAUUGGAGCCAGUACAAAAUAUCUGCAAAGAAGUAACAAGGUGUCACUGCCACUCAUAGAGGGCAUUGCCUGUAGUGGUUACUUCUGCUGUUGCAGUGAGUAUGUUACAAAGUGUGGUCCUUCAGUCCUAUACUUUGUGUCAGUACAUCUAAUUUUACAGCAGCCAGUGUUUUCUGGUGAUAUGUAGUACAUGGAAGUAUAUGCAAAGCAACAUAAUGACACUGACAUAACUGAGUAACACCUGUGGACUUCAGAAAUUGUAGUACCAGUUCAUAAUGGUUUACCUUUCAAUUGGAGCAUGCAGUAGCCUACUUUGUCGAGGCAUUAUGCUACAAGCUGGAAGGUCACGGGUUUGAUGCCUGAUGAGGUCACUGCAUUUUUCAAUUGGCCUAACCCUUCUUGCUACACUAUGGCCCAGGUUCGCCUCAGCCUCUAAAAGAAAUGAGCACCAAAAUUCUUCCUGGGCCUAAAGGGCAGCCAGCAGGUGAGGCUGACAACCUCACCACUGUCUAUGAGACACUUGUCUAGAAAAUUUGGAAGCCCUGUCAUCUUGAACACCUGUGGGCCUCCAUGGCAAGUUACAUCGAUAGCUUUACCCUUUUUCUUAUCUUCUAAUUCCUUAGCUCACAAUUGUUUAGUUUAAGAACAAAAAUUAUGCUCAUGUACAGUGCCAUAAGGGAAGGAAAAUGAAGCUGAACAGUUCACACAAAAUUAUGUGUUGCUCCAAAAUGUGAGGCUGUAACAAGCAUGUGGUGUAUGUCCAUGACACCAAAUAAGAAACGCAAAUACUAAUGCAUAUUUUCAGAAACAUAUUAUAUAAAUAUACCAAUGGUAGCAAAACAACAUACAAAACUGAAGAGAAAUCAAACAAGAAGUAGCCAGUGUGAAACACAUAGUUCUUCCACAGGAAGGAUUUUUGUAUAAAUGGGAUUUUAUUCUUUUAUUGUUAUACUGAUAUGUAAUAAUAUUAUUUUAACCCACUGAUAAUCAUAGUUAUAGAACAUAAUUAUAUGUGUUGCCUAAUGUUUAACUUUUUAUGUUUAUAUGAGUAUAUCAUGAUGAUCAGAAAAUAGCACAUAAAUGUCAAGACAUGGAACUGUGUAAAAGGUAUCUUAUGGUGACACAGAUGAAAAAGAUUAAAUAAACUGUCCUGUUGUUAAACUUCAUAUAUUUAGCAGUGGCUCCAUGGGCUUAAAUGUUGUAAAAUUUGAAAGAACUACAAACAGAAUGUUUAUAUUGUGUAUCAACUCACUGGAACUCUGUGUACUGUUUACUGAAUCCCCUUGUUGGAGAACUUACAUGCUAUGUGAAUUUCUUUGAAGGUGUUCUAAGAUAGUUUGGUCAAGCUUAUGGAGACCAGUUAUUAAACUUUGGCUAUCUGACUAAAUAAAUUGUGAUUAUAAUUUA